AUGGGCACGGCCGAGUCGACACUGGACGAGCUGCCGUCGGACGUGGCGGAGCAGCUGCGCGACGGGGAUGAGCAGCUGCUGGAGCUGAGCGGGAGGCGACUGCGGCGGCUGCCGACGGCGGCGUGCGCGCUGCUGGGCCUGCGGCGGCUCUACGUGAGCGGCACGGGCCUGCGUGAGCUGCCCGACGAGAUCGAGGAGCUGCGCGAGCUGCGCAUCCUGGCGCUGGACUUCAACAAGCUGGAGCGCGUGCCCGAGGCGCUGUGCCGCCUGCCGCGCCUCAGCCGCCUCUACCUGGGCGGCAACCGGCUGCCGGGGCUGCCCGCCGACUUCGCGCAGCUGCAGAGCCUGCGCUGCCUGUGGCUCGAGGGCAACCACGUGCGGCGCUUCCCGCGCGCGCUGCUCCGCAUGCCGGCGCUGCAGUCACUGCAGCUGGGCGACAACCGGCUGCGAGGCCUGCCCGCUGAGCUGCCCCAAAUGGAAGGCCUGCGGGGCCUCUGGCUCUACGGCAACAGGCUCGAGGUCUUCCCCAGCGUGCUGCUGCGCAUGGGCCGCCUGCGCAUCCUGGACGUGGACCGCAACCAGCUGGGCGGCUUCCCCGACCUGCGGCCCCUGCGCGCCCUGCGCCUCUUCUCCUACGAUCACAACCCCGUCACUGGGCCGCCCCGGGUCCUCGACACCGUCUUCCUGGUGGGGGAGGGCGCCGUAGAGCGCAUGGCCGAGCGCGACGAACCGCCCCCGCCCCCAAAGCCCCGGCCCCGGCCCCCUUCAGCCCCGACUCAGCCGCCAAGCCCUCGCCCAACCCCGCCUGCCCAGGAGCCCACGGAGAACACUGGGGACCAGGAGGAGGAGGAGGAGCCCGAGGAAGAGGAAGAAGAGGAAGAGGAGAGGGAGAAGGAACCCCAAGAGGAGAGCCCGCUGUGUGCAGGCCACAGGCCCCUUGGCCUCCCCAGGAAAGGAGAGCCCACCUGA